UUGUUAUUAUUUUUCUUUCGUCCCGGUUUGUUUUGGUUUAGUUUUUUUUUUUUAGUUUUUUUUUUAACUAGUUCCCAUCUCUUAACGUAUGUAAUCAAUAUACGUGUGCACUACAAAUGUGUUCUUAAACACGUGUAACAGACGUCUGUUAUCGUUUUCUGUUAAACAACGUUUAAAUCCUUGUCAGUAUUCUUCCUCGCCUCGGUUCGCGCGUUUAUUGAUCGUCUCGGACACAACUGUUUUGUUAUUAUUGUUGUUGAUAAUCGUAUAGUGAUUUCCGUCCGAUCGGUGUCCCCUCACUGCACCAGCUGCCGUUGUUGUCGAUAAGCAACUCGCGAAAACCGUCCGGUUUUCCGACGCCGGCAAUCGCUCUCCGUCCGCGGUCCGUCACGUCUGUGUACUCGUCGCGCGCCAGUUCGGUCGAAUGCAAUCCGUGCAUAGGUCUCGCCGUACCUUUCGCGCCCGUCGUUGGCAAAAACGCCAACCAGUAGCCCGUUAUCCGUGAGUAAUAACAAUAUUGUGUCGAUAUGAAAACCGUAUUGAAACGCCGUCCGUCGUCGUCCAACAACUCGUUACCUUCGAGCUACGUUUGUAGUGGGAGCUUUUGAAUUCGAACAUGAUAUAAUCCAUGAACAUAACGUGAACAUCACGACCAAUCGGUCGCAAUGACAAAAAAAUUUGAAUUCAAUUGGCAGAUCCCAGUUCCUGAUUUGUUGCUACAAGGUAGUGUGUUUGACCGUUGGACUGAAGAAAAAGAUAAUGUUGAAAUUGAAUACGGAUGUACAUUCAAAGUGGACGAAUAUGGAUUUUUCAUUUACUGGAAGAGUGAAAAUCGAGAUGGAGAUGUCAUUGAGUUAUGUCAAGUCAGUGACAUACGCUCAGGAGGUUUACCUAAAGAUACCCGACAACAACAACAGCUGAUAAAUAAACAUGGUGAUACAUUGGAAGAGAAAUCUUUAACGAUAUGCAGCAACACGGAUUACAUCAACAUAAAUUAUCAACAUAUUAUUUGUGCAGAUGCUGCAACUGCAAAACAAUGGCAGGAAGGUCUUCGUAAAAUAACUCACAACAAUAAGAUGAACAAUGUAUGUGUACGAACCAAUCUUAUGAAACAUUGGAUGCGAUUAGGUAUGUUGGUUGAUCCAAAAGGAAAAGUUCCCGUAAAAGUAAUUGCUAGAACAUUUGCAUCAGGUAAAACUGAAAAGAUGGUUUACCAGUGUUUGGCUGAUCUCAACUUGCCUAGUGGAAAAAAUGAUACUAUCGAGCCAUCAGAUUUUACUUUUGAUAAGUUUUAUGCACUAUAUCACAAGAUAUGUCCUAGAAAUGAUAUUGAAGAGCUAUUCCAGUCAAUCACCCAAGGAAAAGCUGAAAAUAUCAGUUUGGAUCAAUUUAUUACUUUCCUAAAUGAAAAACAGCGUGAUCCUCGUUUAAACGAAAUUUUAUACCCUUUGUAUGAUGAAAAGAGGGCAAUUGAAAUUAUCAACGACUAUGAACCAUCAGAAGAGGUAAAAAAUGAAAAGCAAUUGUCAAAGGAAGGUCUAAUUCGAUAUUUAAUGUCUGACGAAAAUGCACCAGUAUUUUUGGAUCGAUUAGAAUUUUACAUGGAUAUGGAUCAACCUUUAGCUCAUUAUUAUAUUAAUUCAUCUCAUAAUACUUAUUUAUCUGGGAGACAAUUUGGUGGAAAGUCCAGUGUUGAAAUGUAUCGACAGACACUUUUAGCUGGAUGCAGAUGUGUUGAACUUGACUGUUGGGAUGGUAAAGGUGAAGAAGAAGAACCAAUUAUUACUCAUGGAAAAGCCAUGUGUACAGAUAUUCUGUUUAAGGAUGUAAUUUAUGCUAUUCGUGAUACAGCAUUUGUAACAUCAGAUUAUCCUAUAAUAUUAUCAUUUGAAAAUCAUUGUUGCAAAAGUCAACAGUAUAAACUUGCCAAGUAUUGUGAUGAAAUUCUUGGGGAUUUAUUGAUGAGAGAAUGCUUACCUGAUUAUCCAUGUGAAGCUGGUGUGCCGUUACCUCCCCCGUCAUUACUAAAAAGAAAAAUUAUGAUUAAGAACAAAAGAUUAAAACCUGAAGUUGAAAAAAGUGAACUUGAGUUGUUUAGAAAAGGACAAUUUGUUAUUGAAGAUGAAGAGAAAGAAGAUGCAACUGCUGUAACAACAAAUCCCCCUGAAGAAAAAAAGGUGGAAGCACCUGAUGCUGGAACUGGUACAGAAGGUGCUGAGGCACCACCACCAAUACAAUAUACUGGAUCAACAACAAAUGUCCAUCCAUGGCUAUCUUCAAUGGUAAAUUAUGCACAGCCAAUCAAGUUUCAGGGUUUCGAUGUGGCUGAAAAAAAAAAUAUUCAUCAUAACAUGAGUUCAUUUGCUGAAAAUACCGGACUUGGAUACUUAAAGUCUCAAGCCAUUGAAUUUGUUAACUACAAUAAAAGACAAAUGAGUCGAAUCUAUCCAAAAGGAACACGUGCUGAUUCUUCUAACUAUAUGCCUCAGGUGUUUUGGAAUGCUGGUUGUCAAAUGGUAUCAUUGAAUUUUCAAACUGCUGAUUUGCCAAUGCAACUUAAUCAAGGAAAAUUUGAGUACAACGGUAACUGUGGUUAUUUGUUGAAACCUGAUUUCAUGCGUCGAGCAGACCGAAGUUUUGACCCUUUCGCAGAAUCUCCGGUAGAUGGAGUGAUUGCUGCCCAAUGUUCAGUUCAAGUGAUUGCCGGUCAGUUUUUGUCUGAUAAGAAAGUCGGCACUUAUGUUGAAGUUGAUAUGUAUGGCCUUCCUACUGAUACUAUUCGUAAAGAAUUUCGUACCCGGAUGGUGCCGAGCAAUGGUUUAAAUCCAGUGUAUAACGAGGAGCCAUUUUUAUUCAGAAAGGUAGUGUUACCAGAUUUAGCAGUACUGCGAAUUGGUGUAUAUGAAGAAAAUGGAAAAUUAUUGGGACAGAGGAUUCUACCUUUAGAUGGGCUACAAGCUGGCUAUAGACAUAUAUCCUUAAGAUCAGAAGCCAAUUUCCCAAUGGCUUUACCUAUGUUAUUUUGUAAUAUUGAAUUGAAAAUUUAUGUUCCUGAUGGUUUUGAAGAUUUCAUGGCUGCUUUAUCUGAUCCAAGAGCAUUUUUGUCGGCACAAGAAAAGCGUGCGCAACAGAUGAAGGCAAUGGGUAUUGAAGAAACCGAUAUUAACACCAAAGAUAUUGUGGCUGGUGGGGGAGGAGAAGGCGACAAGAUUAAUAAAAAGGGGAGCAAAAACAAAAAGUCUGAUGAACCAAAGAAAGAAGAAGAACUGAAAUUUGAAGCUAUAAACCUUGAGUACUUGAGAAACGAUAAGGGAUUUCAGAAAGCUAGACGAAAGCAAGAAAAAGAACUAGAAGCUUUGCGUAAACGACAAGCCAAAGAAAAAGCUUCUAUACAAAAACAGCAAUGUACAUCUGUAGAAAAGGCUGUUAAAGGCAAAGAUAAAACUGAAGUAAUCAAUGAUGGUAGUGUUAAAAAAUUAGUAACUGAGCAAAUGACUCAAUGGUCAGAAAUGGUUGAACGUCAUAGGCGAGAAAAGUGGGCAUUGCAAAAACAACAAGCCAUUGAGCAGCAAGAUGCUCUUGUGAAACUUAUGGAGUCACUUCAAGCUGCACAAAUGAAGCAGUUGGAAAUUCGACAUGAGAAAGAUUUAAAGGAGAUGAACACAAGGCAAGCAAAAAUAUCUGUGGAAGUAAUGAAAGAAGUGAUGAAUGAUAAAACACUUAAGACUAAAGGUGAUAAGGAUAGGCGGUUGAGGGAAAAGAAACAAAAUAACACUAAGAAGUUCAUGGACGAGAGAAAAUACGCUCAGAUCAAGCAGGCUAAAGAUAAAGACAAGUUGCAGGCAAAGCAUGAAAAGCAAAAGCAAGAGUUGAUCAAAGAUAUUAACAAUAUAUUCGAUCUGUACAUUUUAGCUUUUGGAGAUGUACAAGAACGAGGAGAUAGAGUACGAGCUGAGCAACAAGACUGAGUUUUUUGUAUGAUUCCUCAGUGACAACACACAUUGAUGAACCACGUGUCAUUGCUGCGGUUAUUAUGCAUGUUCUUACACCAUAUUGCAAUAUUUUUACAUUUUUCACUUAGUUUUUUUUUUAAAUAAUACAAAUCAUUAUUUUGUCUAGUGUUAAAAAUAAUGCAGUAGACCCAGUGUACACCUAAUUGUACAAAAUUUUGAAAAGGUCAACCUAGUCAAUCCUUACUAAACAUCGUUCUAUGGCCUAGAAUAAUAACAAUCCACCGCUGGAAAUAUUUAUGAGUCAACUUAAUAAUAUUGUUAGUUAUAAAUUAAAUAUGUAUACAUAUACAUAUUUCUGUGGUUGAAA